AUGGAUGAAGAGCGCUCAGAAGGAGUGGCGCUUUUGACAACGUGCCCAAGAGAUGUCGCAGCUUCUAUCUUCGCCGAUUUUUACAACAGCGACCUGUACACCGAUCUCACCAUCAAGCUUGGAGAUCGCACCUGGAGAGUCCACAAGCUGGUGGUCUGCUCUCAGUCGCAGGUCCUCGCUAGUGCUUGCAACGGAAAAUGGAAGGAGGCAGAAGAAGGCACCAUUACGCUCCACGAAGAUGCUCCCGCAGCAGUCGAUGCCAUGCUAGAGUUCAUGUACACUGGAAAAUACACUCAGCGCCACGCGAGCGCCGAUGCUGACUUUGAUCGGGACAUGCACACAUUGCAAAUCUUCAAGGUUGCGGACAAGUAUGAUCUGGAUGACCUUGGUCAACUCGUCAGCGAGGACUUYGUUGCGUCCAUUUGCAACGGUGGGUGGGAAGCCCCAGACUUCGGCAGCGUCAUCAGUGAGCUCUACGAAGAGUGUCCCGACAAUGAGCACGGUAUGCGAAUGCGUUCCGCUAUCCUGGAGAUGUCUGUGAAGCACGAGGAGGAGCUCACGACUUGGAAGAAGCACCGUUCCUUCCGCGAUGCCGUUCGGGACGUCACUCUCUUUGGAGCAUCGUUCUCAAAGGCUUCGCUUGAGGACGCCACGAAGAUCCAUUCGCAGAAGAUGAAGGAUGCGACUAGAGAUUGCGAAGAUCUUACCGAGACACUGCUUAAGUCCCGAACCAAGCGACUGGAAGCAGGCAGGGUUGAACAUCUGGCGGAUUUGAAGAAGACUGCAGAGGAGCACCGGAUCGAGCUCCAGGAGAGGACGUUGGGAUUCGGGGAAAAGCGCUUUCGGUGCCCAGCAAAGACUUGCAGCCUCGACUUUGUGGCGUUCAUGGGAGUCAGACAGUGGUUGAGGUGUCCUUACUGUGAUACCUUGGUUCCUGAAUGA